GAAUGCACCGCGUUGUCCCAGAAUGCCCCGCGUAGUCUUGACGACGUAAGGGCAACUUGGUAACGUUAAUUCGAAUGUAACGCCGUUUCCCAUCUCCUAAAGAGUGUUUCUGUCUCGCUUGUAAACAUUUCCGGCACUACAGAGAUAGUGUUUGAAGUUAGCGCGGGCAAUUUUCUUGUAAACAACGUCUUCGUUUGGCUAACAUUAGCUUGUCUUGUAAACAACGUCUUCGUUUGGCUAACAUUAGCUUGUCUUGUAAACAUAGAUAUAUAUUUUUUACGAACUAAGGAUACGUGUCUAACUAUCAUAUGUUAACUUGAUGAGAAUUUUAGUUUCAGCGUGCAAAUAAAACAAUCCAAUAAUUGGGAGAAAUGGCGGUAGGGCUGUGCUACGCUAGCUAGACCGAUUUAUUAUCAAGCUAACGUUAGCGGGCUAAAUACAUUUGGCUGAGUCUACACGGACAGAAAUGGACUCCAAAUACCCAAAUCUGGCGAGACCUCGGAAGAAGCUCCGGUACUUCUCCAAUAAAGCGAGCGCAUCAACCACGAAGGGAAAUGCCGAACUGGACGUUGAUGACUCCAAUACUUGGUUCAAAGACUUGGUUAAAGCUGGGAUUCAUCUGUGAAGAGCACACUUCUCCAGCGUGCCAGUGGCCAUCGAACGUGAGCAUUUCCCCACUGAAGUCAGUUACGACGCAGACCUGCAGUCAGGUCAAGACCCUGUUGAGGACGAUGAGCACGCAGAUGAGCUUCCCUGAGACGGUUUCUGACAAUUCUCCCUCUGAUGUUGGGGAAGAGCUUCCCCCUCUGCCUCCCUCUCCGACCUUCGCCCCUGUAGAGGAGAAGGAGAACAAGACCGCCAAUGCUGUAGAGAAGGUGGAGAAGACUGGUAACCCUGUAGAGAAGGUGGAGAAGACUGGUAACCCUGUAGAGAAGGUGGAGAGAGAACCGUCGUCAGUUCCAGAGACUGGUGAAGUGGUGCCCCAAGGAGAAGAGAUGCACAAGGAGGGGACCGCAGAGAGCACUUUGCUGGAUACUGAGAGCCCGUUUAAAAAGCACGCUCCCAUCAAGACCUCCAGCCCCAUAAAGCGACAGGAGGGGGGUGAGGACAAGACCUCCAGCCCCAUAAAGCGACAGGAGGGGGGUGAGGACAAGGACAGAGCGGCCUCUCCAUUGCUCUUGAUCUGUGAUGAUGAUGAUGAUGAUGAUGACGGCCCUGUAAAGCAGCCUAUCACUGGCCUGACACCACAGUGCAACAGACAGGCAGCAGACGGGGGAUAUGAUGCGGUGCUGGACUCUCCUCCCUGUCGGUUUUCUGUCACCAAACAAAAGACGCCAGUUCACAGUAUGCCGAAGAAGGAAGAGACACCUUGGAAGUUGACUCUGUCCUUGUGCAGCAUAGAGACAGAGCCAGAAGAGUCUCCCCAAACAAGCCCGUAUCCAGCAGUAGAACUCAAAGAACAACCAGCACCAGGGAAGAAGAGUCUGGCCCAACCACCAGAGAAGAAGAGUCUGGCCCAACCACCAGAGAAGAAGAGUCUGGCCCAACCACCAGAGAAGAAGAGUCUGGCCCAGCCACCAGAGAAGAAGAGUCUGGCCCAGCCACCAGAGAAGAAGAGUCUGGCCCAGCCACCAGAGAAGAAGAGUCUGGCCCAGCCACCAGAGAAGAAGAGUCUGGCCCAGCCACCAGAGAAGAAGCGUCUGGCCCAGCCGCCAGAGAAGAAGCGUCUGGCCCAGCCGCCAGAGAAGAAGCGUCUGGCCCAGCCACCAGAGAAGGAGGCAACACAGGAAAGGAAAGCCACAUCCUCCUUCCUCCAGAAGCUGAGAGCGGCUGGUCAGUCCAAUCCUGCUUGCCCUAGGAAAGCUCUGGCGUCUCCAGUGAGAGAAGCUCCUCUCACCGAUCUGGAGGAUGACUUCCUGAUCCUGGAGGACGAUGGUCCAUCCUGGUUCUCCCUUCGCUGGAAGACUGACCCCAACAGGGCCACACCUCGACCGCAGCAGAAGGACCAAUCACACAGCAGUAACGACGCCUCAGCUGACACACUCACCAAGGCCAGCCAAUCAGAGAAGGAUACAGCCAAGCUGAGAUCAGAAAGGACAGCUGACGUGAAAACUAAAGAGAAGAAUGCUACUGGAGGCUCCUCCCUCAUACCUGUCCUCACCAAGUCUACAGCCAGGAAGAAGAGGGACUCUAGUCCCCAGGGUGAUGGGCCUGUCGAGGCAGACCACAUAGAACAAGACCAGAAGAAGAAAGUCAACAACCCGUUAUCUGAACCAACGACAGCAGGUGACCUGGAACCAGGAGGAGGGGCCAAGCCUAAACCCAGCCAAUCAAAAGCCCGCACCAAAGCAGAAAAGAAAGUUCCCAGAAUCUCUAAAUUCCAAGGUUACAAGGUGAACCCCAAGACGAGCCGAGGACGAGGCCGGCAGUCUGGGAAGACGAGGAGACUGUCAGCUGGAGCUGGGCAGGAGCCCGUCGUCAUGGAGGAGGAGUGUGAAGCUGCUGCAGACCAGGAUGUUUCACCGGUUCUACAGUUGGCACCGUCAGGACAGAGACGAGUCAAGGUUCCAGCCAAUCGUAAAGCCAAGGAGGUUGGUCCCUCCCCUACAGGCGAGGCUGACUUCUCCCAGGCCGGCCAGCUAACCCAGUUAGCAGGGAAGAGGAAGAGGAUCAAGCCUGGUCCUUGGUGGCUCACCAGCCCUGUCAACACACAGGUCACAGAGACAGACGACACACACACAGCCAACAAGUCCAAACACAAUAAUAAGAAAACUAAACCAGCAAGAUAUUCCUCUGUGGAGUCGGGGCAAGAGGAGGGGACAUCCAGACCCUUGUUUAAUCAGAACGCAAAGAAGAAACCCUCGUCCAAUCAGACCACAAAGAAGAAACCCUCGUCCAAUCAGACCACAGAGAAUAAACCCUGGUCCAAUCAGACUGCAGAGCCUAAAGCAGAGAAGCCCAAGAGGGUCAGCCCUAAGAAGCAGAAGACGACCAGUAGAGAGGAGCCAGCGAGGCCUGAAGGUCAGAGAGAAGAGGAGGAUGAGGAGGCCUCUACGGCAGAGCAGCAGGAGAUGGAGGGGCUCAGUCCCAUGCCCAGCCCUCUCAGACAGCAUACACUCACCCCAGGUGAAAAGGUGUUUGACUGGAUCUAUACCCGCACUCCCAAGUGUAAACCCCAGAGUGACAUUACCCCCCACUCUGCUACCAUUAUCCCCAGCAGGAGUGAUGCCCUCCCCUCUACCGUUACCCCCAGCAGGCAGUGGCAUCAGGCCAGGGAGGCUCCAGAGAAACGCAGCAGGAGGAGGAAAGCUCCAGGGAACUGGUGGGUCACCAACAACCCCCCAGAGAACACUGACAGCACCUCUUCAGUCCCUCAACAACCUCAUCCUCACCCCAAGAAACCUUCACCCCCUCAACCGCAGCCUAACCCAAAAACACGCAAGGUGGAGAGAAGUAAGUUCUUGGGACGCCCUCAGAAUGGCAACGCAGCCUCCUCAACUCGACUUGGAGGAGUUCAUACCCAUCUGAAGAGGAAGGACCUCUCCACUCCCAAGGCGGUCAAGCGCUCUCUGGCCACCUUUGGUGCCAUCUUCUCCUCGGGCAGAGGAGCGCCCCCGGUGGCCACGGUCAGAAGCAGCACGUGUCAGACUUCGGGGAGGAAAACGCUAUUCCCUAGAUCGCCUGAGGAGCAGUCAGCCCAGAGCCCCAGCAUCGGCUCUGGUGCAGCUAAUGACCCCUCCCAGGACCCAGCCAGUGACAGGAGCUCCAGCCCUGUGGAUCUGAGUGCCAGUACUGUCUGCAUAGAGCCUGUUGGACAGCUGGGGCAAAAGAAGACCAUACGCCGAGACUUCUCCCAAAGCAACAACCGACUCUCAGACAACACGUUAAAAGGUUUCAAAAGCGGACCGUCUUCCAUGAUUGAACUGGAGGAUUAUGAAGAGAAUGACGACAUCUGUGUCCGGUCAUUCAGAGUGACUGUCCAUCCGUCUGUCCAUCCUGGCAUCGUGCUGUCGGACCCUGAGGCUGUGUCUGAGCUUUGUGCUCCUCCUCUCAGAGCCAUCACACUGCAGCUGGAGGACAAGGCCAACCUCACAGACUGGAUGGCUUUGCUCUGGCCCGCCACUGGGAAACAGGGAGGCCAGAUCAGCCCAGAUCAUUUCCAGUGGUUCUCGUAUCGAGACAGAGCUCUUGGUUACAAGAUGGACCUGCUGGCUGAAACCUUCUCUAAUGGAAAGAUCUUGCUUGGCUCCUACAUGAAGAAACCUCUGCUGGUGGACCACAGCGCUACCACUGUAUAUAACCUCCUAACCAGCUCAGUAUCUGUGACGAUCAAUGGCAAAGAGAACCAUUAUAACCCAGGACAGACCUUCAUGGUCCCAUGUGGCCAUGCCUACAGCCUCCACAAUCUGACCCAGGAACCUGCUGCUCUACUCUUCACCAGGAUGCUGGCAGAGAGCUCAGAGUGAGGCCUGACCCAAGAACCUGCUGCUCUACUCUUCACCAGGAUGCUGGCAGGGAGCUCAGAGUGAGGCCUGACCCAAGAACCUGCUGCUCUACUCUUCACCAGGAUGCUGGCAGAGAGCUCAGAGUGAGGCCUGACCCAGGAACCUGCUGCUCGAGCUCAGAGUGAGGCCUGACCCAAGAACCUGCUGCUCUACUCUUCACCAGGAUGCUGGCAGAGAGCUCAGAGUGAGGCCUGACCCAGGAACCUGCUGCUCUACUCUUCACCAGGAUGCUGGCAGAGAGCUCAGAGUGAGGCCUGACCCAAGAACCUGCUGCUCUACUCUUCACCAGGAUGCUGGCAGAGAGCUCAGAGUGAGGCCUGACCCAGGAACCUGCUGCUCUACUCUUCACCAGGAUGCUGGCAGAGAGCUCAGUGAGGCCUGGGACCACAGCCAGGGGUUCAGUAAAGUACAAUAGUGACAGGUCAGAGUAGUGAAGGAUCCUUACAGAGGACCACCAGGUACCUCAACUUAAGAGUGACUGAGACCAGCAGAGACAACAUGCUAGAGAGGCCCUCCUCACCCACCUCAAUGACAUUCCCAAGGACUUAACAGGAAAUGAUCAGCCAGGGAUUUAAAUGGAAAAGUUAGAACGAGGGGGCUGUGCUGUACGUGCUUAUUAUUGUCACAGUAACAUUUGUAAAUAGCAAUACUUUUGUUUCGAUGGUUUCUAGUGUCCCCCCCUACUGUGUACAUUUAAUGUGACCAAUGAAAUAACUUGUAAAGGCUUCUGGGUAUUUUUAUUGGACUAUUCAUCUUCUGUCAACUGUUGCAAACACAUGAUAUGUAAAAAAUAAAAAGUAAUUCAGUC